ACUUGGGGUCGCAGAAUAUAUGUACAUAUGUAGGAUAGCAUGAUAACGUGAUGACAGGAGCGAUAGGUGCUACAUACCUAGGUUAACCUAGUAUUUGCUUUUGUUAACUCAUCUUGUCUUCAUCCCAAUUCUUUCCAUUUUUAUCACCUAACAGUCUUCACUUCUUACUGCAUCGGCUUUUACGCCAUUUUUCUUUCAUUUCCACACUCCUGGGCCGGAAUCCCAUUAUUUCAUCGAAACUACUCUUAAUCAUUCAUUCAAUUCAUUCUGCAGGUCAGGUACCAAAAUCAUUCGCUAGGAUUCUUCAACGAGCCAAAUAUAUAUAUAUAUAUAUAUAUAGUAUAAAAUAUACUACGAGAAGCAGAGUACCAAGUGACAUAAUGAGAGAUAGCCGGAGACAGAAAGACGAAUACCAGACUCUCAGUACUGUGCAUGAAGAAUCGGAUCACGACGACUCGAGCAGCAGCACAGACGUGGACUUAGAGGCGCUAGAUCUGAACGAGAAGGAUUACUUACACGAUUCGGGAAUGGAUGGAGAGCAAAGGGGGGAAAGGAAGAGCGGGCUCCUCGCCAUCCUCAAGGAGUACUGGUGGCUUGGAAACACAUUCUUAUUGAUGGUCAUUAUCGUUUUACUUCUAGAUGGACCAAGCCACGGGCGGAAGCACUACUUUGAAGGGGCAGGUGACAUUACGGGGUUCGCGCCUGAGUUCUCGCAAAAGAUCACAACUUUCUCCCCCGACCCAGGCUUUGUCCCAGAAAAUACGUCAGAGUUCUUUACGGACGAGACUCGACAGAAGUGGCUAGGUCUCGUGCCAAAGGGUCUCGGCUAUCUCAAGAUCAAAAACCCCGAAGACUAUGACAAUCUACCGACACGGUUAGAUCCAUACCCGAACGACUUUGUCGUCACAUCAUCGAUGACGCAUCAGUUACACUGCCUGUAUGCUAUCGCCGAGGCUUACUCAGCACUCACAUCAGACACUAGCCGGGUUCCCAGUGAGACGCCAUGGCAUCUAACGCACUGCUUUGACUAUCUGCGACAAGGAAUCAUGUGCUGUGGGGAUGUUGCGCUUGAAGGCGAACAGACUAGCUUCCCGGCUGGGUUUGAUGGAAGUGAUGGUUGGGAUGCGAAGCACGUGUGUAAAAACUAUGAUGAGAUGUAUGAUUAUCUCGACAAGAACCGCGCCGAUAACAAAGUAUGGAUAUAGGCGGUAAAGUAUAUGCCAGUGGCAAUAACAGGACAUAUUCAGAUGUUUGUUAUUUGUAUAUACUAUAUGCUACAUCCAUGUAUGCCGUGUGCAAUAUGUAUGAACUUACAUACCCAAGGUACUGUCAAUCGAGUAAAGAAGUUGUUUUUUAGAAGGUUCUAAAUCUAAUCUAUGAAUUGUACCAAAAUGUUUAUCAGAGGGCAGAUGGGGGGUCAGCCACUGGCACACAAUACCUCAUAACUUCGAUUUUAAAAGUGACAUCACGCACUGGCCUAUUGUAACCCAGGACCCUACUUAUUAAAGUUCAAACUUUGAAGUUCAAAU